AUGUCGAGCACGAAGAAGCUGCGCGCGUGCCUCAUGUGCUCUUUCCUCGCGACGCCUGCCGAGUUCCGCAAGCAAGGUUGCCCGAACUGCGAGGACAAGCUGGAGAUGAAGGGCGAUGCGGAUCGCGUUCUGAGCUGCACAACAGGCCAGUUUGACGGCGUCAUCGCGGCGAUCAAUCCUGAGGAGAGCUGGGUUGCGAAAUGGCAAAGAAACGACAAGCACGUUCCAGGGGUCUACGCCGUCCGAGUGACCGGUCAGCUUCCCGACGAGAUCGUCUACGACCUGGAGGGCAGAGGUAUCGCGGUCCAUUCCCGGGAGAUGGACGACUAG